UAAAUUUAAUUUAUUAAGAAGGUCAAUGAGAAGUAAAAUUUAGCAUUUCUUUAUGAAUUUGCAAAAAACAUUAGUUGCGUGUUGAUGUUUUUAUGAGCGUUGUACAGUAAAAUUUGUAGUACUGAAGUUUCAUAACUCCACUCUGUUAACCAAUCUCUUAAGCAAGGCUGUCAAUGUCCUGUCACAAUCAAAACAACCUAAAUCUAUUGUAAGCCGGUCCAUUUUCUUAUCCAUAUUUGCGAUCAAGAUCAGAUCAAUAUUCCGGCAUGGAUGUUUCGGCUUUUGCAGACGAGAAUUUUAAUCCCGUCGAAUGGAUUAACAAAAUGUACACGUCGGCUCCUCCAGCUGAAACCGAGAAAAACAAAGAACAAUUCCAGCUGUCUUUAUUGAAAAAAUUGCAAGUGUACACACACCAAGUCAGCAAUGCCUUAGAAGACUCAAGUCAGAAGGUGCUUCAACACCUGCCCCAGGUAUUCAGGGAUGCGGAGCAGUUAAAUCAAGAGGCCUUACUUCUCAAAGAAAAAAUGCAUUCUGUUAAAGAGGAAUUAGCAAAUGCAGAGCAAAACACUGGGCAUUCUAUGGCAGCGUUAGAAAAGAUAGACCAACUGAAAACUAAUUUGCAGGCAGCAAAACAAGCUCUGCACGAAGUGGACAAUUGGACAAUAUUGGUCACUCAGUUUGAGGAGAACUUUGAAAAGUCUGACCUCAGCGCAAUGGCCUCAAAACUUGUCAGUAUGCAAAAAAGCUUAAGAAUUUUGGCAACUGCACCUGAUGUAGAGGCAAAACAGUUGCAGUUGGAAGGGCUGAAAAAUAGGCUAGAGGCUAAAGCCAGCCCAUCUUUGGUCCAAGCCUUUACCACUGGUUCGCUAGGUGAAUCGAAGAAGUUGGUGGACGUUUUUAAUUCGAUUGUAAGAUUACCGCAGCUUCUGAAGUACCACCACAAGUGCCAGGAGAAAAAUCUAUACCAAAAGCUAAAGGAACUCGCUGAACAAGAGCAGGAUGAGUCUGCUGAUGAGUGUCUGCGGCGUGUAUAUGAUGCGACUCUCGCGUCCUGGGCAGAGCAAGCGCGAUGGUGCUCAGAGGUCUUUCCAGACACUCCCUGCCUGAAUAUUCUGCUUCCGCUGUUUGCUGAUCUACUGGUUGCGCUUGAACCAUCGAUCAGCUCCUGCAUCGGAUCGGCACUCAGCCACGAGGAUUGCAUUGCUGCCCUAACAGACCUGAGGCAGGUCACAAAAGGUUUUGGUACAAAACUGAACCUUGCAGUUGAUGGAAUGAUGCAAGAUUGCACAUUGGACGCUGACAUGAUUCUAGCUCUAGCUCAGGCAGUAAACGCGCCUUGGGUGAUUGGCGUACAAAGAUACGGAGAGCUCGAAAAACCUCGCCUUCUGGCCGUGAUUUCCCAGACUGAGUCGCUCACUUUGGAGGACAGGGUGCAAAUGUUUGGCCAAACCAAAGUUAUUGACCUCACCUCUGCCGCUGUUAGUCGGUGCAUGAAACUGACAGAUGGAUGCGGUGCUGCUGGUCUCCUCCUUGCUAUUGAGGCCUUUACAGAAAAGUAUAUAUCCAUCCAAAUCCAAACACUGGAGGAGCUUUUGAAGGAAAAGAGCGAAAAUGAAGACUGGACACUGUUCAAAAUGUGCCUCAGCAUGCUGCAGUCCAGCGGUGAACUGAUGGUGCAGCUUGAAGAACUGGACAACCUGAUAAGUAAUAGUUUACGCCAGCUGUUGAAGCUCGUGUCUGCGCCUAGCACCAGUGCUGCGGAAAAAUUUGAUGAACUCCUUCUGACCCCAGACGGACGCUCCAACCUUCAUUUGUUGAUGGAUAAAGCUUACAAAGGGGAUCCUUUAUUGGAAGCGCCUCUGAGAAAUGGAACAAACCUGUGCUCAACAGCGCACAAAACGGCAGUUGAAGUAAUUGUUUCCCCAGUAAUGCCUCAGCUUGACGCUGUGCUCGCAGCCAAAACGUGGCAAUUACAUAGAGUGUCAGCUGAUCUGCCAGAUUUCAGCUUCUCGCCCCAGGAAUACAUCACUCAAAUUGGGCAGUAUUUGAUGACGUUGCCACAGCACCUGGAACCAUUCCUGGACAGUCAAUCGCUAAAAUUUGGCCUAAAUAAAGCCGGACUUGACAUUCAGGGUAGCGCAGCUGAACUUCUUUUAAACUCUGUGUCAAAGAGCCUCAACCAGGCGUACUGUGAGCGAAUUUUGACGCUAGAAGAAAUUGGACCAGCAGCCGCAAAGCAGUUGGCUAUAGAUAUCAAUUAUUUGGGAAACGUGCUGGAAGACCUUGGCAUGUCUCUUUCAGAGCCGCUGCAGCAAGUGUGCCUCCUGCUAAAGCUUCCUCCCCAGGAUUACCAGACGGGCAGUUCUGGGUGCUCUCCUCGCCUGGUAGCAGCCAUCCGGCAAGUCAGAACUCUAACUUCUUCCAACUGACUGUGAGAAUAGUGUUGUGAGUUUGUAAAAUACGUUGUUGAAUAUUGAGCGAGAAUAUAUUGCAUUUUAUCAUGUACACAAU